AUGUCAGCCUCACCUGUUCAUGCCAAUAUUCUGGCAACUGGCGGUGUUGAUGGUCGUUUCUUUAUCUGGAACUUGGCGCGGCACCGGCGUGCUUCUUCGCAGCUUCACCACUCAUCCCUGCAUAAACCUAGACAGCAAUCUGGAAUACCAAUAGCUGAUGAACUCGAGACGGUCGCUGCUCUAGCCGACCGUUUGGCUGAUGACUCCGACGAUCAGGAGGUUGGAUGUGACAGCUGGAUGUGGGACCAUCAUUUGGGUAGGUCACGUCCAGAUCAUUUGCUUUGUCGGUACCGCUAUCCUCCAGGCCAAAUUGAACCAGGUCUUGGUCUUAUCUGGGCACCACCAUUUGACCUUUCACCUCCUGAGGCGCCGUCAUACGCUGUAACUCAUAUCUCUAAUGCCAGUGGCAAUUUUUCCGGUAUGCAAGGUUCGAUCCUCUCAAAUGCUCAGUUUCAUCGUGGAUCGUUGGUUAGUCGAGCUUCGUCUGCCUCUCAUAUUUUACCUAGUCUCAAUGGCAGAGUUUCUUCCGCCAGGCACCUACGG